AUGUCAUUCGAUAUUAAAAGAUUAAAACAAAAAUCUGAAAAAUCUAUUGAACUAUUGAAUCAUUUAACUCAGAAGUCUGUAAAUCUGCUGGAUACAUCAGUUUCUCGGGAGUUCUAUCUACAGAAAAGAGACUUAGAUUAUAUUUCAAGUGAAAGAUCAUCGAUCAGUCUACCGUCAGUUAUAAAUAUUGACGAUUUUUCAAAACCUCAGUGGUAUUAUUUACUUGGAAAAAGUUCUUGUUAUCGUCGACAUAUGUCAGUUGUUCUAGCAGCAAGUUUGUCUAAGGGUAGUGAGUCAGAGAAGCUGUCAUUCCUUGCCUCAUCCAAUUCGCAUACGGAAUCACUGACAUCUGAAAUGAAUAAAGUUAUGAAUCCGUCUGCUAGUGUUUCGACAAUAUCUUCUUUACAUGGAUGCGAUAAUCGAGACUCUGGACUAUGUCAUUCAGGAGAUUUAAAGAGACUCCAGAUAACUAUCCCCAAGUCGGAUUCAGGUUAUGGUUUCACACUGACUGCUCAAAUGGCAGGAUUCAAUCUUCAGCAGUUUGCAAGUACACCACUAACAUCACCGACAACGAAUCAAACAACAUUGUUUAGUGAAAACAAUAACAGCCUACCAAUGCAGAGAUUAUUUCGUAUUCAUUCCGUAAGAAAAAAUUCACCAGCUGAUCUAGCUGGCUUACCAGUUGGUGCUUAUCUCCUGGGGAUUGGAAAUCAACCUUUGGAUUGUACAAUUACACUGAAAGAAGUUGUCAGAUGGAUGUAUGAAGCUGCAGAAAGUCAUCCAGAUAAAGCGGUAAUUCUAGACAUUGGAGUACCUAGUUGUCAAACAGAAUUACCAUCUCAGAAUAAUUCUAAGCUAAGAUUUAGUGAAAAAUUCAAAUUUAUGGUCUCUUCUGGUAGACACAAUCAAGUAAAGGAGAAACCAGAUAUGAAUAAUAACAAUAAUUAUAAUAAUACUUGUUUAAAUGACAACACGAACUCUGUCAACAGUCAUAACAACUCAUAUCCUUUAUCCAAUGGCCAGUGUACAACAGUUAAACAGUCAAUAACAGAAUCAGUCGAUACAGGAAAUACAUCCAGUAAUCCAUAUCUUCCUCGAACAGUUACUCCUGCCAGUACAGUUAUGCUAUGCGAAGAACGUUGUAUUGAUGAAGAUCUUAUGAAUGAUGAAACUAUCAGUAAUCUACAAAAUAGAAACGAAAGUAGCAGUUUGAGUAGACGCCGACGUAUGCUAACACUGGCGCCACCAAUACUCAAACUUAAAUGGCAAGAUGUUUGUUUGGAUGAAGCGAAUCGACAGUGGGCAGUUGAAAGAUUAUUAACUAAACUGACAAAUACAUCAAAUGACUUAAUGAAUGGCAUAAAAGCUUAUCGUACUGGUCUACAGAAUAUUGCCAACUUUCAUCCAGAUGAUUUAAAUGCAUUGUUUCAUAAUAUUGUUGAAAUUGGCUCUGAAACGUGUAAAAUGAAACAAAAUCUGCAAAAUGGUUGUCUGCCGUACGAUGUUUCAACUAUAACCUCGUCUUCAUCAGAUCCACCUGCUAGACAGUAUGCAAUCAAUAAUAAUAAGAGCAAAUCAAGAUUUUCAAUAUCUUCAACACCAUCUCCAUUAUUGCCUCUACGGAAUGAUUCUUACAGAGGGAACAAUACUAAUACUCUUACCAAUAAUAAUAAUAAUAACAAUAAUAAUACUAGUUUACUUAAUGGGAAAGAUAAACUUGAUGAAUAUAGAAGGAAUAGCAGUGGUACUAUUACGAAUUCUAAGAAUAACAGUCAUACUACACAAAACGGUGGUAUACACAAACGACUGUCGUUUUUGUUUAAAUUACGUAAAAGUACCGUUAAUCGAGAAAGCAAACCAAAUGAUGGCGACGACAAUAUUAAUAACAAUAAUAAUAAUAAAGCAAGGCAGCUAUCAGAGGGUUUCAAAAGUGACACCAGUGCUACUGAACAGCUUUGUCAGCAAGACGAACCAAGGAAGCAAACGAUGAUUACACAACAAGAUCCAUCAUCAUGUAAUCAUCAAUUGAACCCAUUGAAUCCACCUAUACAUGGUCAUUUGGAUAAUCCUGGUACAAUUAUUUUAAUGUCUCUCAGUGAUCUGUUACACCAGUGUAUGGAUUAUACAAAUGUUUAUCCGGAUCGUUUGAAGUAUAUUCAUCAACUUAGAAAACAUUUUCCAGAGUUACGAUUAUUUCUCAAGAGUCAAGCGAUGCAACCAGAUGUCCCUAUUCUAUCAUUAUUUCUUACUUUACCGUUAGAGAUUCCGAGAUAUUUGUUAUCGGAAUUAAAAAACAUUGAGAAAUAUACAAGUGCUCAACAUAAAGAUAGACCAGCUCUUGAAAAAUGCAUUCAAGCUCUAAAUGAAGCACUGAACAACCAGUCGUCCCCGAUCCCUCCCAACGACAUAGACAGUGUCAAUAAUUUAAUUUUAAAAGAUGUGAGUUAUCUUUCCAACACUCAGUGUCCUGAGAAUGACCAUCAAUCAAAAAAGAAUACCUCUCAUAUUUUUGAUACAAACAAGACAUCACCAUCUACUGGUGGUGAGGCGGUAGACAACGCAGACUCACCUGUCGUCUAUCCGAAGAAAAGCGUCACUGAGAAUACACAAUUAGCCAAACUGAUGAAGUAUCUGCUACCACCACUAUUUCCAUAUCCAAACGAUUCAGAAACAUUCAGUCCAUCUGAAUGGUCUUCAGUUAAUCAUCAUAUCAUUUAUAAAAGUUAUCUUUUAUGCACUUUGUGCUCAAAACAAUAUCCUGAUUUAAUUAAAGAGGAUGUAUCCUAUCGUGGUCCUGUUUUUGCAUAUUUACUAAAUGAUGCCCUACUAUUAGUUGUCUCUGAAAAAGAUGUCCUUGAAACUUGUCGACCAUCCUGUUUAGCUUAUGAACCCAUACUCCUCGAUUCGAUUGCUUUUCAGGAUUAUGAAAUAUCAGCUUUAUCAUUUAUGCUAAAACUUAAAAAUGGCACAACAUUUCAAUUCGAUUGUACAACAUUUGAAAUUAAACUAGUUUGGAAGACUCUUAUUGAACAACAGAUGACAACCAAAUAACUGAUCUAUUAAAACUCCUAGACUCCUAGACUUAUUUUAUUCCACAUUGACAACUUCAUGUGAAACUGUUCAGUUCAAUUCCUUCAAAUCUCUCUCCCUUUGUUGAUGUAUAGAUAUUUUGAAUUUGAUGCUUUUAUUUUUUUAUAUUUCAUAAUUAUACUACGUGUAAGUUAUAGUAGGCAAAUUUCAAUCCGCGCUUUCUUUCCAAUGGUAUUUUGAGUAAAAAAAAGAAAUUCUUGCUUUUUCAAUCUAUUUCUACUGUUCUAAUUACAAUUAGUGAAUACUUCAGUCUUAAUCAACUCCAGUGUGAUUUAAAUCCUAUUUUAUUAUGCGAAGAAGAUAUAUAAUACUAUCAGGGUGGAGAAAACUCCUUUAACUUUAUUUCGUUAACGUGUAGUGCACGACGAGAACUCCUGUGUAACCUAGUCACUCUUCUCAAUAGUACUCAAUUCCAGUAGAGCUUUAAUAUAAUGUGCAUUGAUGACAUUUGAGGGGAUAUUUUGCAUGUCAGUCGAUUUGUCAUUCCUAUCAUCUUACCGCUUUCACGUAUGUGUGUGUGUGUGUACAUGCACACAUCUUUGUGAAUUCACGUAUAUUAGAGAAUUUCCAACAACCUCUUUUUAUUCCUCAUUUAUUUUCAAAGAUUUUCUAUUUAUUAGCGAAGAGGACAUCUUACUACUGCAAUUCCUCACUUUAAUUUCUCUUUUC